AUGUCGACCUUCACUCCGAUCAAUCAGCCAGCAACUGCACCGGCAGCUGUUGAGACAACCCAGCCUCCCAUCGAUGCUUCUGCGUUGUGGAGCCACGUCUCAUAUGAGUACGUGCUUAGGCAAGACACUCCUCAGUGGGCAAUCGAUUUCCAACCAGGCAUGCUUGCCAGACUGGGUCUAAAGCACGGAGAGUAUGACGUUGGUCCUCGAACCAUCGAAGGACACUCCUCGCAACCUCGUCUUUGUUCAAAGACCAGGCCAAGCAUGGAAUACAUGGCGUAUUGCAUCCUCGCACGCAUGCCUGGCGGCAAGGCGACCAAAGCUGUACUUAUUCAGAUGGGCAGGGAAUGGACAGGGAAAGACAAGGAACCCUCAAAGCCCUCAAAGCGUUCAAAGCCCUCAGCGUCUCGGGCGAAGUUCUCUCCUUGCAACACUGGAACUACUUUCACGGGCAUCGAAAUGCCCGGUAAGGUUUCCAAGUUGAUUCGAAUCGCAACCACGGCCGAAGUGGCGGCAGCGGUAGCGGUAGAAAAGGCAAAAGCAGCGGCAGCAGAGAGAAAAGCAGCAGAGGAAGAAGCGGCUAGACAAGCUGCACAGGAACAAGCAGCCCAAGGAUCUUCGGCCACCGCUACCCCCGAGCCAGCAUUGCAAAAACCAGGAAAGCGCGGCCAUGACUCUAACAUGAACAAGUCUAAUGACAAGCAAAAUAUCUCUGCUCCCUCGUCUUCCAAGAGGCCGAGAGUCAUGAGCAAGAAGACAAAGCCCGAACAGGCUCGUCCAGCUCCGGCUCCUGAGACUCCGGAGCCCAGCUCUCCACUUCGAGUUGAUACGUCUCCCUUGUGGGAGGAAGUCCUGAACAAGAAGCCAGAGGAGGAAGAAAGUGUUCCUGCUCUUCCUACUCUUGCUGCUCUUCGUGUCUUUCCUGCUCUGGUUCCUGAGGUUCAUCUGGAGCCCAGCUUCUCCAACCCACUUGGCCACACGGUUUCGUACGAUUCCUGGAAGGCUGAAACUGACGCGCUCUCACACGAGUUCGUGGCUCUGAGUCGCGAGAUCAGAGAUUGCCUUUUUUUCUACAUCAACACGGAGAAGGCAGAACAAGUUGCUGCUCAGGCUUCUGAGACUCUUUAA